CUGGCCUUUUCCCACAGCGUGCUGCCUCUGGCAGCCCAGGAGGCCAGGCUGAACACAACAGGGGCUCUAGCUUUCUGGGCCUCGGUCCCCAGCUGCCUCGCUGGCAGUGGGGCCGCUGAGCACUGCAAGCACAACAGGCCAGUUUCUGCCAGCAAACAGGCAGGUGGAGCUCUUGCUCCGCGCCCUGGCUCCUCUGCGGUCUGUGCAGCCGUUUGGUUUGCAUUUCCUGAAACCGGAUCUCUGUGUCAGAGCCGCCCCUGGGCCGGGCGGGCGCCUCAGCCAUGGCCCUGCGCAAGGAGCUGCUUAAAUCCAUCUGGUACGCUUUCACCGCGCUGGACGUGGAGAAGAGCGGCAAGGUCUCCAAGUCCCAGCUCAAGGUGCUGUCCCAUAACCUGUACACGGUCCUGCACAUCCCCCAUGACCCCGUGGCUCUGGAGGAACACUUCCGAGAUGAUGAUGAUGGCCCCGUGUCCAGCCAAGGAUACAUGCCCUACCUCAACAAGUACAUCCUGGACAAGGAUGCCUUCCGCCUCUGGUGCCUCUUCAACUUCCUGUCUGAGGACAAGUACCCUCUGAUCAUGGUUCCCGAUGAGGUGGAGUACCUGCUGAAGAAGGUGCUCAGCAGCAUGAGCUUGGAGGUGGGCUUGGGCGAGCUGGAGGAGCUGCUGGCCCAGGAGGCCCAGGCAGCCCAGACGAGCGGGGGACUCAGUGUUUGGCAGUUCCUGGAGCUCUUCAACUCUGGACGCUGUCUGCGUGGCGUGGGGCGGGACACCCUCAGCAUGGCCAUCCACGAGGUCUACCAGGAGCUCAUCCAAGAUGUCCUGAAGCAGGGCUACCUGUGGAAGCGAGGGCACCUGAGGAGGAACUGGGCAGAACGCUGGUUCCAGCUGCAGCCCAGCUGCCUCUGCUACUUUGGGAGUGAAGAGUGUAAGGAGAAGAGGGGUACUAUCCCGCUGGAUGCGCAAUGCUGUGUGGAGGUGCUGCCUGACCGAGAGGGGAAGCGUUGCAUGUUCUGUGUGAAGACGGCCUCCCGUACCUACGAGAUGAGCGCCUCAGACACGCGCCAGCGCCAGGAGUGGACGGCUGCCAUCCAGACGGCGAUCCGGCUGCAGGCCGAGGGGAAGACGUCGCUGCACAAGGACCUGAAGCAGAAGCGGCGCGAGCAGCGGGAGCAGCGGGAGAGGCGCCGGACAGCCAAAGAAGAGGAGCUGCUGCGGCUGCAGCAGUUACAGGAGGAGAAGGAGCGGAAGCUGCAGGAGCUGGAGCUGCUGCAGGAGGCGCAGCGGCAGGCCGAGCGCCUGCUGCAGGAGGAGGAGGAGCGGCGCCGAAGCCAGCACCGAGAGCUGCAGCAAGCGCUGGAGGGCCAAUUGCGCGAGGCGGAGCAGGCCCGGGCAUCCAUGCAGGCUGAGAUGGAAUUGAAGAAAGAGGAGGCUGCUCGGCAGCGGCAGCGCAUCCAGGAGCUAGAGGAGAUGCAGCAGAGGCUUCAGGAGGCUCUGCAACUAGAGGUGAAAGCUCGGCAGGACGAGGAGGCUGUGCGCCUAGCCCAGACCAGACUGCUGGAGGAGGAAGAGGAGAAGCUGAAGCAGCUACUGCAGCUGAAGGAGGAACAGGAACGCUACAUCGAGCAGGCGCAGCAGGAGAAGCAGGAGCUGCAGCAGGAGAUGGCGCUGCAGAGCCGCUCCCUGCAGCAAGCCCAGCAGCAGCUGGAGGAGGUGCGGCAGAACCGGCAGAGGGCCGAUGAGGACGUGGAGGCUGCCCAGAGGAAGUUGCGCCAGGCCAGUACCAACGUGAAACACUGGAAUGUCCAGAUGAACCGGCUCAUGCAUCCAAUUGAGCCUGGAGACAAGCGUCCCACCACCAGCAGCUCCUUCACAGGCUUCCAGCCCCCUCUACUUGCCCGCCGUGACUCCUCCCUAAAGCGCCUGACCCGUUGGGGAUCCCAGGGCAACAGGACCCCCUCACCCAGCACCAGUGAGCAGGAGAAGUCCCUCAAUGGUGGGGAUGAGGCUCCCAUCUCGGCUUCCACCCCUCCGGAAGAUAAACUGGACCCAGAACCAGAAAAUUAGCCUCUGCUAGCCUCUUUUCCCUGCAUCCUCAUCCCCAUCAGGACCUGGCCACAGCUGGCCUGUGGGUGACACUGGCCCCUGCAAAAGAGGGAGCUGAGGUCCUGGUUGCAGGGGCCGAGCCCUCCAACCAUGAAACAGUCCACAAUGGAACCUAGUUUAUUUUUUGCAUCAGCCCCAGGCCACAGACUACUGGGCUGUCUGGGAUGUUGAUUCUUGAGAACUUGACCCUGUGCCUUAACCCCAAGGACCCUAUACCCUGGGCUGGGAAAGAGUGAACAAGCAAGCAGGGGCCAUCUGCCCCCAGGCUGCCACCAAGUUGUGGAGGUACAUCUCUAAAUAAAAACUGCUCUUGGAGUGAAUCGUUGGUCAGGUCUGUUGUCCAUCUCUCCUGCCAUUUAUUCUCUUCCUUCCUCAAGUCCAGUUAUUGGGCCCAGAAGGAAUAAGGUAUAUAGUGUAGUGGCUAGGAAAGUACACUCUGCCACUUACUAACUGGGUGACUUUGGUCAAGUUUCUGUAUCUCUCUGUGCUUCAGUUCCCAGGUUAGUAAAAUAGGGGUAAUAAUAGUACCUAACUUACUGGGUUGUUGUGAGGAUUAAGUGCUUGCCACAUAAGCAAGCACUGUUAUUAUUAUCACCCAAAAGUUUUUAUUGAGCAUCCAUUCUAUACCCUGCAAUUUCCCGAAUUAUUUAAUUCUCAUGGCAGCCCUGAGAGGUGGUAUUAUUAUGCUCAUUUUACAUGCGGAGAAAUUGAGGCUCAGGUAACUUGUCCAAAGGCUUCCAAUCUUGCUUCUCUUCCCAUAUUAUCUGAUUCACUGACCUUGUUACCUAAGACAGAGAUUUGGGAAUCUGGGAUGACUUACUCCCUCCCUCUCAUCCCCCUCAUGCAAAACCCAUCAUCAAAUCCAGUAGAGUCUCUCUUUUUUAUACUCUCGUAUCUAUCCCUCCUUCUCUAUCCCCAUGGUGAGCUGCCGUGGCUAAGGCCUUUGUGUCUUCCACCUGCGUGCUUACCUUUGAUUCCUUCUCCAUCUUGCCCCAUAUCUAAUCAUUCUCCAAGUCCAACUGAUCGGAUUUUCUUGGUCACUCUCAAAUCUACUCCACUGGGGCCAUGUCUCAUGGCCACUGUCUUACUAUGGCUCCCGUCACCUCCCAACUGGAUAAAAACGUAACUGGGUCUGCUUGCUAACCCUUCUACCCCCAUGGCUGCCUGAAUGGGCUUUCUGAAGUGCAGAGCUGUCCUUGACUCUCCCACUUUCUGGUCUCUCCAUGGUAACCUGGACCAGUCAAGUUCACAUUCCCAUGUAUUCCACGGGCAUUCAAGGCCUGCGAAGAUCUGGAGGACAUCCUAUGCUUUUGCUUUAUAGCUCUACUAGCAGCUCCCUCCUUUUUCUUACCUCUGGGCCUGCUCAUGGGCGUUCUUUCCACCUUACUUCACUAGCUUGAGUUCCUUGAGGGCAGGGC